GAUCUGAAAAUAUCUCGAAGAAAGAAUGACUGACCAACCUGAUAAAUUGCUCCCCAUCGCCAACGUGGGGAGGAUCAUGAAACGGAUCCUCCCCAAGAACGCGAAGAUUUCCAAAGAGGCAAAGGAACGAAUGCAAGAAUGCGCAUCGGAGUUCAUAUCCUUCGUCACCGGGGAGGCUUCCGAACGGUGCCACAAGGAGAAUCGCAAGACGGUUAAUGGAGACGAUGUUUGCCGGGCUUUGAGCUCAUUAGGGUUUGAUAACUACUCGGAGGUCGUCUCGAGUUAUUUGCACAAGUUUAGGGAGUUUCAAAUGCAAAAGGCUAUUGACAACAACAAAGGGAGUGGUUCUUGUAAUAGUGUCGAUAAGGAUGGAUCGACUACCGGCGUUGGAGGUGUCGAUAUCGAUCCGAUUGAUUUUGGGAUUCUUCAAAGAGGAGGUAAAUAAUCACCUAAGUGAUCCAAUUCAGAAAUUAAAAUCAAAACCCUAAAAAAAAAAAGAAGGGAUUUUGGGCAUUCUUAAUUAGGAUUUCAACUAGCUUGAAGCUUGAGUUUUUCGAGUGUCUUCGCGAAUAAGCCAUCUUUUUAGUCGAGUUCCCGGCGAGGAUGGAUCGUAUAAUGCAUAUAUGUAUAAAUUAAUUAAGCGUGUGGUAUCGAACAUCAGAUUGAUUGUUUUAUGUGAACUAAUUGGGAAGUGAUG